AUGACAGAAGAGGACCUGCAGCCAGAUUGGGGGCGGUUUAAUGAGGGGACAUUGAGUAACCUACUUGAUCAACUUGAUAGGAUAUAUUCUUCCAAUAAUUUGCUUGUUCUCGAUCCAGUACUAUCGCCAUUACUCAAUCGACUAACAUCUUUUCUGGUGAUAAAGGAACACGGGAAAUGUCAAAACGUAACAUGGCUAGAUGACGAGUCGGUUGUCAUACCGGCUAAUGUUUUAUCGAAAUAUUCGAGUUUGGUCUUAUUGAUAUCCGAGUCGAUAGAGAACCUUGCAAAGGUUAAAAAGUGCAUUCAUGCAAUCCAGAAGAACGUACAUGCGUUGAAAUAUUAUGUUAUCGUUAAAGGUUUGACUAGAUCUUUCUUAUACCAAAUCAAUCAAGCAUUCGAUGGUAUUAACGAGUUUGAUAAAAUUUUGAGCUUGCCCGAUUUGUCCAAACCAAUUGCCAUAACAUCAAAAAUUAAAAUAUUCAGGUGGGCCAAUGAGCCAAUAUAUACAGAUGGCACAUUUAUCACUGAUUCUGGAUACCUCGCAGGAAUUGACGACUACUUUGAAAAACCUUUGAGACAAAACAACCAAUUAACAGAUGCCUUGGUGAAAUUGCUAUUUAUGGGCAUACAUCAUGGAGAAAAGCAUCGUCAUUUGUUUAAAUUACGAAACGUAUAUGGAAAAGGAAACAACUCUGAGCUACUUAUAAACAUGUUGAUGAAAUCAAAAAUCCCGAGCUUUUUGAAUGAGCAUAUGUCACAGACCGAAAUUGAAUUCUACAAAGAUAAACUACACAGUAACACAGAUUUGGUUGUUCUAGAAAGAAAUCUCGACUUUUUCCCUGUGCUUUUCAACCAGUUGAACUACCAUGGUAUUGUUGAUGAUAUGUUUGGUAUAAACUUUGAAAAUAUUGUCAAAAUAGAUAAAGAAGUGUCAAAGGAUUUAUCGCGUGAUGAAUUGUACAAUCAAGACUUGAAGCACUUGAAUUUUUCAACAGUUGGUGCAAGAUUGAACAAACUUGCCAAAUAUAUCAAACAGAGAUUUGAAGACACGGGGCACAAAAAUGACCCGAAUAUAAGCGAGAUGAAGAACUUAGUUGCAACUUUGGGAACUCUAUCGGUGCAGCAAGAUUUGAUAAAGAAGCAUACAAUUAUUGGCGAGAGCAUUGUUGGCAUGGUUGAAGGUGAAUAUGAGAGGUUUUUGGCAUUUCAAAAUGAUAUCUUUGAAAUGGAUUAUAAACUACAAAUUUCCAAGCUAAAGUCCUUCAUCAACGGCAACUAUCCUAUUGAAAAUUUAUGGACUAUUCUCUUACUAAUAGGGUAUACCAAUGAUGGGAUUUUGAAUAAAGAUAUAGAAAAAAUAUCUAUGGAGAUGCAGGAUAACUAUGGGUUAGAAGCAGCUUUAUCUUUGCAGAAGUUGAUACAUCUCAAAUUGAUAAGAGUGAUCAAUGACUCAAGUAAUGACUUUUUUACGUCGCUUGGGUUGACUAGUCAGAAAAAGAAAAUCGCAGUGCAACAGUCUAGCGAGGAAGAUGACGGUGAUAUGGGGAUAAGUGGGGGCAAAGACGUAUUCAAGAGCAAUUAUACAUUAAUUAAUAAAUUUUGGAACCUACAUCCAUUACAGGAGGAUGAGUUUGACACCAAAGAAAGUACUUUUGAGGCAUCCGAAAGCAAGCAAGAACUGACAUCUCUUAUGAACUUAUACCCAACACCAUCAUUCACCCUACCUGGAAACACGGUCCCCUUGAUCUAUCGAUUGGUUGAAUCUCUAUAUUUUCGGGACUUUUUGAAAUAUAAACCGACAAACAACAUAAAGAGAAGGCCCAAUUGGGAUAAUCUUGGACUAAAUGCCAUGUUUGCGGGAAAGAUGGUGGAUAUGGAUUUAGAGAAUGCCAAUGACGACAAGCUGAAAUAUUUGAUUAUUGUUGUAAUUGGCGGCAUCACCAGAAGCGAACUUACUUGUUUGAAAUAUUUAGAGGAAAGGUUCAAAAGAAAAGGGACACCAAAGGAAAUUAUAGUAUUGACCAGUGGAAUUAUCAACCAUCAUAAGCUAUGGCGGUAUCUAGACCAAUAG